GCCGCGCGGGCCGCCGCCGCCCCCGCCGCGCGCCGGGCGGGCCCCCGCGCCCGCGCCGCCCUGGGUCCCGCGGCCCGGCCGGCCGCCCGCGCGCCCGCGACCGUCCAUGGUGCAGCGCAUGUGGGCCGAGGCGGCCGGGCCUGCGGGCGCCGCCGAGCCGCUGUUUCCGGGCUCUCGGCGGAGUCGCAGCGUGUGGGACGCCGUGCGCCUGGAGGUGGGCGGCCCCGACAGCUGCCCGGUGGUGCUGCACAGCUUCACGCAGCUCGACCCCGACCUGCCGCGCCUGGAGAGCUGCACGCAGGAGAUCGGUGAGGAGCUGCUCAACGGCCUCAUCUUCUCCAUCUCCCUACGGAAGGUGCAGGCGCAGCCCGGGGCCAACAAAGGCCAGCGCUGGCUUGGGUGUGAAAACGAGUCCGCCCUGAGCCUGUAUGAGACCUGCAAGGUGCGGACGGUGAAGGCAGGCACGCUGGAGAAGCUGGUGGAACACCUGGUGCCCGCCUUCCAAGGCAGCGACCUCUCCUACGUCACCAUCUUCCUAUGCACCUACCGGGCCUUCACCACCACCCAGCAGGUCCUGGACCUUCUGUUCAAACGCAGGUACGGUAGACGUGACGCCCUCACGGCCUCCUCUAGAUACGGAUGUAUUCUCCCUUACUCUGACGAGGACGGCGGCCCCCAGGACCAAUUAAAAAAUGCCAUCUCCUCCAUUCUGGGCACCUGGCUGGACCAGUACUCGGAGGACUUCUGUCAGCCUCCAGACUUUCCCUGCCUCAAGCAGCUGGUGGCCUACGUGCAGCUCAACAUGCCCGGCUCUGACCUGGAGCGCCGUGCCCACCUUCUGCUGGCCCAGCUGGAGCGCGCAGAGCCCGCGCAGGCCGAGCCUGAGGCUCUGUACCCUGCUCUAGCGCCAGCGCCAGUUCCAGAAACAGCUCCAGAACUAGAGCCAGCUUUAGCACCAACUCUCCUGCCUACUCCGGAGCCAGACGCGGCUCCAGCACGAACUCCAGAGCCAGACGCAGCUCCGGCUCCUGCUCUAGAACCAGACGUGGCUCCGGCUCCGGCUCCAGCUCCCACUCCAGAGCCAGAUGUAGCUCCAGCUCCCACUCUAGAACCAGAUGCAGCUCCGGCUCCAGCUCUAGAAGCAGACGUAGCUCCGGCUCCUGCUCCAGAACCAGACGCAGCUCCGGCUCCUGCUCCAGAACCAGACGCAGCUCCGGCUCCUGCUCCAGAACCCGAGCCAUCUCUGUCUCAAACUCUAGAGCCAGAGGCAGCUCCAUCGCCCGAGCCUCCCUGGCCUUCAGCUGUUGCUGCAGAAAAUGGGCUGAAUGAGAAGCCUCACCUCUUGGCCUUCCCUCCCGACCUGGUGGCAGAGCAGUUUACCCUAAUGGAUGCAGAGCUGUUCAAGAAGGUGGUGCCCUACCACUGCCUGGGCUCCAUCUGGUCCCAGCGAGACAAGAAAGGCAAGGAGCACCUGGCUCCCACCGUCCGUGCCACCGUCACCCAGUUCAACAGCGUGGCCAACUGCGUCAUCACCACCUGCCUGGCGGACCGGAGUGUGACGGCCCGGGGCAGGGCCCGGGUGGUGGAGCACUGGAUCGAGGUGGCCAGGGAGUGCCGCGUCCUCAAGAACUUCUCGUCCCUCUACGCCAUCCUGUCCGCCCUGCAGAGCAACUCCAUCCACCGGCUGAAGAAGACGUGGGAAGAAGUUUCCAGGGAAAGCUUCCGAAUCUUCCAGAAGCUGUCGGAGAUCUUCUCCGAUGAGAACAACUACUCGCUGAGCAGAGAGCUGCUCAUCAAGGAGGGGACCUCCAAGUUUGCCACCCUGGAGAUGAACCCCAAGAGAGCGCAGAAGCGGCCGAAGGAGACGGGUGUCAUCCAGGGCACCGUUCCCUACCUGGGCACGUUCCUCACAGACCUGGUGAUGCUGGACACCGCGAUGAAGGACUAUCUGUAUGGGAGACUGAUCAACUUCGAGAAGAGGAGGAAGGUGAGCCUCUGCAGCCCCUACGUGUCGGCGGGGGUGUGGACUCGAGACCCACGGGAAUUCGAAGUGAUCGCCCAGAUCAAGCUGCUCCAGUCAGCGUGUAACAGUUACAGCAUCGUGCCUGAGGAGCACUUCCGGGCCUGGUUCCGGGCCAUGGAGCGGCUCAGCGAGACGGAGAGCUACAACCUGUCGUGUGAGCUGGAGCCCCCCUCCGAGUCCGCCAGCAACACCCUCAAGGCCAAGAAGAACACAGCCAUCGUCAAGCGCUGGAGCGACCGCCAGGCCCCCAGCGGGGAGCUCAGUACCAGCGGGAGCUCCCACUCCAAGUCCUGCGACCAGCUCAGGUGCGGCCCCUACCUCAGCAGCGGGGACAUUGCCGACGCCCUCAGUGUCCACUCGGCCGGCUCGUCCAGCUCCGACGUGGAGGAGAUCAACAUGAGCUUUGUCCCGGAGUCCCCCGACGGUCAGGAAAAAAAGUUCUGGGAGUCGACCUCCCAGUCGUCCCCGGAGACCUCCGGCAUCAGCUCGGCCUCCAGCAGCACGUCCUCCUCCUCGGCCUCCACCACGCCCGUGGCCGCCACGCGCACCCACAAGCGCUCCAUGUCCGGGGUGUGCGGCUGCAGCUCCUCGCUGCCGCUCUACAACCAGCAGGUGGGCGACUGCUGCAUCAUCCGCGUCAGCCUGGACGUGGACAACGGCAACAUGUACAAGAGCAUCUUGGUAACCAGCCAAGAUAAGGCUCCGGCGGUCAUCCGCAAGGCCAUGGACAAACACAACCUGGACGAGGACGAGCCGGACGACUACGAGCUGGUACAGGUUAUCUCCGACGAUCGCAAGCUGAAGAUCCCUGACAACGCCAAUGUGUUCUAUGCCAUGAACUCAACGGCCAACUAUGACUUUGUCCUCAAGAAACGGACCUUCACAAAGGGGGCAAAGGUCAGGCACGGCACCAGCUCGACUCUGCCUCGCAUGAAGCAGAAGGGACUCAGGAUUGCCAAGGGCAUCUUCUAGGCAGUCCCCGGCACUGGCCAGCCACGGGACCACUCUGUCGGGCGCUGGCCAGCUGGGUGACUAGGCACUUAGAGACUCCAGUGGCCAAGGCCAGGCGGGCGCCUUCUGCCUGACCUGCCAGCUCAGGCCACCCCCAGACUCCAGGUUCACCCUGAACCUCCCCUGCUGCCGGGAUUGACGCCUGCUGUUUGCUGGGCUGACCUGGCCUCCCGUGGACCACUCGCUGCCUUAGGUGCCUUCAGCUCUCUGGAACCAGAAGACUAGCUGACUUUUGCCAAGGAGCACUGCCGACGGCCAUGGCGCUCCGCCUGCCGCUGGGCUCCGCCCUCUGUGCACUUCCCCUGCACCUGCUCAGGUGUGGGUCACUGCCACCUGUGCCCAGGGGCACCCCAGGGCACCCACUCAUCCACUGGGUCUGACCACUGCACUUCUCUCCUCAUGCCCACGGGCACUGGCCCGUGCCCUUCUCGGGUCCCGGGCCCUUUUUCCACCAUGCUAGCCUUUCCCAGGCUGCACCAAAGAUACCACCGUCGGGGCCAACAGAGCGAGGGAGUCUCACCCACCCCCGGCCCAGCCCUCCCCCAGGAGAGGAGGGCGGGGAGCCUUUCCACAGAUCACACUCUUCACCCGGUGCGCGGGGACAGUCUCUGCCGAGGCCCGUUGUCAUUGACUCUCACGACACUGCGAGUGCCACCCACCGCUGCGCCCUGGGCUUCACGAGACCACACGAGACGGGGGUUAGUGGGAGAGGAGAAUCGGGGGAACGGGGAGGGGUGUUGAAUAUUUGUAUAAAAGGCAAAAACAAAACAAAAAAAGUUUACCAGUUGGGGAGGGGCAAUAUUUAUUUGUUGUAAAUAGCAAAUGCUAGACUUGAAUCUUAUAUUAAAAUCUGGUUUCUACUAUA